AUGUGGAAACAGCCUGCACCUGCUAAUUCAUCUUUCAACGAUUAUAACACAUUCCCUUUACCUCAAACUCAACGAGGUCAAAGUUCCCACGCUCAUGGACCAGUAGGACAUACUCAGCAACCUCUCGUUACUGGUACUUCGGUACUUGGUCUCAAGUUCGAUAAAGGAGUGAUGAUAGCUGCAGACAAUCUGGCAUCAUAUGGAUCCCUCGCACGAUUCAGAGACAUUCAACGUCUACAUCCUUUAGGCAAACAUACUUUAUUAGGUGUAGCAGGUGACAUGUCAGAUUUUCAAUGGCUGAAAAAAGAGCUGGAUGCUUUAUUACGUGAAGAGGAUGCAUUAGCAUUAUCAGAUUCUCAUCCUUCUUUAUCACCCAAGAACAUUUACGAGCUAUUAAGUAACUUGUUCUACGCUAGAAGGAGUAAGAUGAACCCUGUCUGGAAUGCUGUUUUAGUAGGUGGAUGGGAUAAAGUGAAGGAGGAGAGCUUCUUAGCGUAUGUCGAUCUUCUCGGAACGACAUAUACCGCACCAACACUCGCAACUGGUUUCGGUGCUCAUCUUGCUCAACCUUUAUUGAGAGAAGCCUUCGAAGCUAAAGCCGGCAUCAAUGGAGAUGGACCUUUGUUGACUCAGGAAGAAGCUGAGAAAGUUCUGGAUGAUAGUAUGAAAGUACUGUUCUAUAGAGAUGCUAGGAGUAUAAACAAGUAUCAAAUCGCCACAAUCACUGCGGAGGGAGUAUCGAUUUCUGACUCCAAGUCAUCUGAUACUUAUUGGAAAUUCGCAGAGGGUUUAAGAGGAUACGGAGCUCAGACUCAAUAG